AUGAACAUUGGAAUUGGAGUGCCUCUCCAAGUUCAACCACCAGCUGCUCCUAACAAUAACCAACUGAACCCCAUUAACAGCUAUGGAGCAGCUACUUAUGGUAAUGGUGGUGGUAGUAAUGCUGCUGUUUGUGGUGGAGGAGCAGCCGAUAGCGGGGAGUGCAUGGUGAGGGAGCAAGACAGGUUUAUGCCGAUAGCGAAUGUGAUAAGGAUCAUGAGGAAGACACUGCCAGCGCAUGCGAAGAUAUCUGAUGAUGCCAAGGAAACCAUUCAGGAAUGCGUGUCAGAGUUCAUAAGCUUCGUCACAGGAGAAGCCAAUGAGCGGUGCCAGAGGGAGCAGAGGAAGACCAUCACCGCGGAGGAUGUGCUGUGGGCGAUGAGCAAGCUGGGCUUUGAUGACUACAUUGAGCCUUUGACCCUCUAUCUCCAUCGCCACAGGGAGUUUGAUGCUGCUGCUGCCCCUGGAGAUCAUCAUCAUCAUAGGGCUGGGGGCGGCCCAUCAUCCGAUGCCCUACUAGGGAAACGAACUGCUUCUGUUGCUGCUGGUGGUGGCGAACAUCAUCCACCCACCUUAGGCAUUGGCCUUGCCCCCCCUGCAGGGACGUCCACCACCACCACCUGCUAUGGAGGACCACCCCCACCCCCUAUGCAUUUUCUUCGGCACCACCACUCGGCCGCCCCUGCUGGAUUCUUUACUCCUCCUCCUCCUCCUCCGGCCAGGUUUCUCAGCGGCAGCAGCAGCAAGAUUAACAAUAAUCAUUCUUUGUCCAACGGUAACACUGGAGAAGGGCCUUCUUCCAGCAGCUCCCAGAGUGUUGUGGUAGCAGUGGAUAACGGGGAGGAUCAUCAAGACAUUGGACAGUGCAACAAGUAG